AUGAACACAUCGUCGGCCGAGCGCACUCACGACCUGGCUGAGAAGGGAAACGGGCCAAUCAAGGGGGAUCAUAUGUCCUCAAACGGCAACCUGAGCGAUGACGACAUUGCCCUCGCCGCGCUUCGACGCAUCUCGGCCGAAGACCCUGCUCACCCGAUUCACUGGGCUGUCUGGAAGAAAUGGGUCAUCACGGCCAUCUACUGCCUGCUUCAGACGUUUGUCACUCUCACGAGUACGACAUACGUGAGCGCCGAGUUCCUCAUCCAGGAGAAGUUCAAUGUCUCGAACACUCAGAUUGUGGCUCUCGGACAGAGCAUGUUCAUUUUGGGAACUGCCGUAGGACCGGCAUUCCUGGGCCCGCUUUCUGAUAUCGGCGGCCGAAAAUGGGUCUACGUUGCAGCCAUCUUCACGUAUGCUCUCGUGAACAUUGGGUGUGCCUUGCCCCUAAACUUGCCCAUGCUAGUCAUCUUCCAGUUUCUUAGUGGGACAACUGGUAGUGUGGCUCUGUGCAAUGUUGCAGGCACGAUUGCCGACUUGUUCGGCAGCGAAGACGGCGCCGGGCAGCCUAUGGCGCUGUUUGUGGCGUCAGCCAAUAUUGGCCCAAGUGUCGGUUCGCCUGUUGGUGAAUGGAUUGCUGAUAAUGUAAACAUGGGUUUGCCCUGGAUCUUUUGGAUCAAUGUGAUCAUUGCUGCUGCCUUUGCCAUCGGAAUGUGCUUUAUCCCAGAGACACUACCCAGCAUCGUCAUACGAGAGGAUGCCCGGAAGCGACAGGCUUCUGCGCCUGAGGAGGUUGCCGUCCUCGAGGAGAAAGUCGAUGUCCUGAAGGAAAUCAAGUUCGUCACCCUCAUGGCUUUGCGAAUCAUGGUCACCGAGCCGAUCGUGACUCUGCUGGGUAUCUACAACGGUUUCGCAUACGGGCUGCUGUUCCUGUAUCUUGACGGAGUCUUCGAUGUCUUCGUGGUCAACAAUGGACUCUCAUACAUCCAAGCUGAUUUGACCUACCUCAACUUUGUUGUUGGUGUCGUGGUCAUGUUCUGUUUCAUUCCGGUUCAGACCUAUCUGUUCAAACGUGACCGCCUGGCGAACGGCGGGGUUGGCCGCCCCGAGGCCAGAUUUCUGGUUUCACUUGUCACGGUCUGGGGAUUUCCCAUAUCCCUUCUGUGGUUCGCAUUCACUUGCGACGGCAACACUUCGUUCUGGUCCCCCGUGGUAGCCGGUGGCCUUCUGGGUUUCUGUGAUCCAUUGCUAUGGCUUGGAAUGUUGAACUACAUUGCCGAUUCGUACACGAAUGUUGCCGGAUCUGCAAUUGCCGCGUUUCUGAUCCCUUCGUUCAUAAUUGCUGCAGGCUGCGCCCAUGCUGGGAUCGCGUUGUUUGAGGAUUUAAGCUCCAAGUGGGCAAUGGCCAUUCUCGGUUUUAUCUCGUUCGGACUCGUUGCUUUGAUUUACGUAGUGUACUUCUUUGGGGCCAAAAUGCGGGCUAGAUCGAAGAUCGCUAGAUCUUAG